AUGGCAAUUCCUUAUGAUCCCGAUUAUGAAACUCCGAAUCAUAUGAUCCUCUGGCUCGAUGUCGGAAUAGGCCAGCCUGGUGAAUAUCGUCAUUUGAAGAAUGCCUUUGCAAGCAAUAGCGAUCCGACCACUCACAUUACAACAAAGUUGACUGAGCGAGACUAUGGAAACCUUAUUCGUACUAAAGAUGCUGUACCGAUGAUAUUUGAAGGUGUGUGGAUCCUCUUACAGGUAUUUGACAAUGAGGGAGAUUGUCUCCGAGCCUUCGAGAAAUACAGAAAUAGACGCAUAUUUUUCAUUACUUCUGGAAGUUUGGGACAGAACAUCGUACCGCAAAUUCUAGCCAAUUAUCCAGACGUAUUUACGAAUCGAAUUACACAGUCUCCCUUCAACUCAAUCUAUGUGUUUUGUUUGGAUAUGCCAUUCCACACUGAAUGGGCAAUAAACUACGUUGACUAUAUCCAAAUGUUCGAUUUUGAUGCCGAUUUGCUAACAUGCUUGACACAUGAUAUUGCGAACUAUUUUGUCUCCGAAGGACAGUAUUUAGAUCAAAAUGCUUUACCACAGGAUGCUCUCGUUCGUUUCGGAUGGGCUAAAAAGCUCCUGAUGCGCUACAACGACAUGUUAAACAGACAAACUAGCAGAGAACUUGACGAUCUCGAACAACUGAUCGCGAGAGCAGAAGAAAUGAAGAGAAGUCAAAGACCCGACGACAACACUGAUGAACAAGGCAGUGCAUGUAGUUGA